AUGGAUUGGAUGAAAAACAAUGUUGAACUUGUCGUCCCCGGGACCCGUAUUCGUGGAAUUGUAGUCGGAAACGAGGUUCUAGGAGGUGGCGAUCAUGAACUCUGGGAGAUCCUGCUACCGUCGGUGAAAAAUAUCCACACAGAUCUCGACCUCCUCCACCUAGCCGACGAUGAGGUUUCAAGCCCACAUUCCGCUGGUGGUGAUCCCGAACACAUCGAUAUCAAUUAUGCAAUCUUCAAAAAUAACGCUGGAAUAGAAGACGCGAAAACGAAAUUACAUUAUGAUAACAUGUUCGAAGAACAAAUCGAUGUCACUUACACUGCUUUGGAAAAAGCUGGAUUUGAGAAGAUGGAGGUUAUAGUUUUGGAAACCGGAUGGGAUUCAAAUGGUGAAGCGAAUGAAGCCGGAGCUAUGUUGAGUAAUGUGAGAACAUAUAAUCUCAACUUCCGUAAAAGACUAGUGAAGAAGAAAGGUACACCUUACAGACCAAAUUCAGAAAGAGACUUGCCUUUCUGUCCAUCUGCAAUUUCUGAAAUCCCUAAUCACCUAAUCAAAGCAUGCACAGCCCUAGGCGACUUCGGUGAAGAAUCCUCUCUUCCUACUCUCUGGGACGCCUUGCCUACAAUCGUCGUUGUCGGUGGUCAGAGCUCUGGAAAAUCAUCUGUGUUGGAGAGUGUAGUUGGCAAGGAUUUUUUGCCUCGUGGUUCUGGAAUUGUCACUCGGCAUCCUCUUGUUCUACAACUUCAUAAGAUCGAAGAAGCUGUGAACUUUACCCUCAUUGAUCUUCCUGGCUUGACAAAAAUAGUUGUUGAGGGGCAAUCUAAUAGCAUUGUGCAAGAUAUUGAAAACACGAUGAUGUCGAAUCCGGAAUCGAUAAGAAUGGCGACAGAUAGCAUGAAAUACAUGAAAGUUGAGGACUUGAGGCAUGCUGGAGAACAGUUGAAGUCAACUCGACCAGAUGAGAUGGCAGAGAUAUUGGAAGCUAAUAACCGAAAUAACAAUACGUUACCACCUCCAUGGGCAAUAGCUGUUAUGUUCAUCCUAGGAUUUAACGAGUUUAUGACACUUUUAAGGAAUCCAUUAUGGCUGCUUGUUAUUUUUGUGGGUUAUCUUCUUUUCAAAGCUUUGUGGGUCCAACUAGACAAAUCCGGAAUUCUGUCUUUAUCCAUGAAGUUUCUUCCUACAGUCACAAAUCUGCUUAGAAAACUAGUCGAAGAGGGGCAAAAGCCUGUUGCAACCCAAUCACAAGUAUUAGGAAGUUUUCAAGGGGUAGUUUCGUCAUCUGGCUCAUCUGGUGUAAUCAUGGAAAAUGGAAAUGGAACCGAGAUGGAAAGUCGGGCAAUGCUUCAAGCGUUUACUUGCCAUCCACGCCAGGUGGACAGCCGCCCAUGA